UAUUAACCCUAAUGAUUUUAUUCUUUUACAUUGUCUAUGUACAGAACAGUGUUGUAUGUGAAUAAUAACAGUUUCAUUUCUUUCCAGUUUUUAAACCUAUUAUGUCUUCCUGAUGCCACUGCACUUCUUAGAUUCUCCAGUAAAUUGCUGAAUGGAUAGUUGAUAUUUUUGUCGUGUUUCCAAACUCAGGGAGAAAAUACUGAUAUGUCACUAUUAAGUAUGGUAUUUACCAUGAUUUUUUGUGUGUGUGCAUAUGCUUACCACCAUUAGAGAGUUGCUUUCUUUUCUAAGUUACUGAUGGUUUUUGUCAUGAAUAAAUGUUAAACAUUGACCCAUCUAUGAAAAUAAUCCUGUGGUGUUUCCCUGUUUUUUUUUUUUACUUUUUGUUAAUGUGGUACAUUACAUUUAUUGAUUUUCAAAUGUGAAAUCAAUCUCGCCUUUCUGCAAUAUGUUUGACAAUGGUUGAUGUACGUUGUUUUUAAGUAUUCUUGCAUUUUGUUCGCUAAACUUUUGUUUAGAAUUCUUGUGUUUAAAUUCAGGGUGAUCUUGGCUUGUAGUUUUGGCUUGAUCUUGUCAUUUACUUUUUUUCUAAAGUCCUUGUCAGAUGUUGUUACCAGGUUUGUAUCAAUCUCCUAAAAUGAGGACAAAGAAAAGGAAUCCCUUUUUCUAACAACGGUUGAUACAAAUUGAUUCAUAAUCUUCAAAGAGUUAAUAAUAGUUUAAUCUACAUUUGGUUGAUGGUCGCUGCCUUUUCUGCAAUCAUUCUCAUUGAUUUUGAUUAAACUAUCUUCCUUCUUUUUAACUUAGCAUGCAUUAAAAAUAGGUUUCUUUUCAUGAGAACAGAGUGUUUCUUGGGGCUUGGUAAAUUUUGGCUCAUGAUUAAACGUCAAAUUAAUGGUUCACAUUCUUGGUUGGAUACACAUAUGCAGACUGUUUGCCAUUUGGUGGUUGUUAGAUUUUUGUCAUGAGUGGGAGGCGUUCAUUGAUAUAUUUCAGGAAACCAUGACCCAUAAAGGAGAGAAGGUGGCUGUAGAACCUGAAAAUGUGUUUGAACGUCCCAGGGAAUCUGACAGUCCUUCAUAUCAGAAAAGGCAGAAGAUGGCCCUGUCGGCACGGACAGAAGGAGCAGGAGACGGUGGUAUUGGACGCUCUGCCAUGUCUACGGAAAAGGAAUAUGAAAAAAUCUUCAAAUUGCUUGAAGGAGUGCAAGGACCUAUAGAAAUCAAAAAACAAUUUUUUGAAUCCAACAUCAAGGAAGCAGCAAGGUAUAUGAGAGGAGACUUAAUUCCACACCUUGAGAAGAAACUGGAAGAAAUGACGUCUGGCUACUUGUCCAAGAAGGAACAUCAGACCCUAAAUGCAUAAUCUCUUUAAUGAUUGAGGUGGAAAGAGAAUCAAAUUGCUGUUUUUUACAAUAGAGUAGGAUAUGGCUGAAGCCUCCUAGCAUGUGUUAGUGAAUAAAAUGGCCUCCCAGAGGCUAAGAAAUUUCUGUCAGUAAACAUUGGUCUUUUUCCCUAAGCAUUUCAUUUGAAAGGAUAACUUAUUUGUUGGUUUGUUGAUUUUCCCACCUGUGCUGGCAGACAUUAUUGACCCAUCAAGUAAAUACUAUUACAGCGGUGGUUUCUGCAGCAGCCAACAUUUGUUGUAACUGGUAUUUAUAACUGCCUUCUUUCACUACCCAUUUCUCUUUCCCUUUGCCCUGGCGAAAGCAUGUCAGCUGCUCAUGGUGCUUGGUCUGGCAGAAUGACUCAAACCUUCAUUACUGAACAGUCUGAACCAUUAGAUGUCCUGCCUAGAUGGGGUUGCUUACCAUAGGUGAGAAUGAAAAUCCAUAUCCAGAAUAAGUGUCCAUUUGAGCAAAUCAAAGUGAUGACCCUUCAAUUGUGGAAGCAGAUUCAAGAAAUCACAGUGCUAUCUGGAAGCGGACAGACCACUCUGGGACAUGGUUUCAUGUUGGGUACUCAGUGUUGGUCUCUGCUGCUGGCAGAUUGAAUAGUGAGCAGUGGCUGUACUGACAUGGACCUGGGAAAUGAAAGUUGAUAUUACCAAGACCAUGGAUAACCUCUAUCUCAACCACCAUAAUCAUGAUGCACGGUUACUGUUUAUAAGAUGGAAGGGUGCACCUAAGGAAGUCUGGAGGUGAUUGAUGAUAGCAUCUGGAAACCAAAGGAAGAGGUUGAGCUGUGAGGUAAGUGCAUUUUAUGUCAACCCCACUUGUAUAUCCCACUGAUACUCAGUUUCUAGGAAAUUAUCCCAUAAAGCAGGAGAAUACACCAUAUAAUGAUCUAAAUCCCCCCCAAAUUGGGACCAGGAAAGAUAAUUCAACAAAAUCACCUUAUUCCCUUCAUGAUACUACACAUGCAUAUGGAAACCAAGGAGGACACGGCAACUAAUGAAAAAACACACACAGAUGCCUGGUAAUCAUCGCUGGGAUGCCAGCUCCUGCCGUACUCUUAAGCCCUGAUAGAACAUUUCACGAGACCUUCUCCAUUUGUGUUUGGCCAUUCUUCCUCUGCUCUUCACGGACAUUGUGAUUCAUGAUAGAAUGUGGAAACCAAAUGAAGAGGUUGAACUGUGAGUUAAGUGCAUUAUGUCAACCCCACAGGCAUAUCCUUCUGAUGGUCAGUUUCUGUAAAAUUACCCAAGAAUGCAGGAGAGCAUAUGCCAGGCAGCCAUUUGAUACCCCUCAAAUUGAGGCUAGAAAAACUAUACAACAAACCAACCUUCUACCCUUCAUGAAAAUGUGCCUGCUUAUGGAAACCAAGUAGGACGGAACAACUAAGAAGCAGACAUACACAGAUCCUGGUCCUCGUGGAUGAAACUCCAGCUGCCACCAUAUCACCAAGCCAUGGUGGACCAGUUGAUAAGACGUUAUCAUUUUGGGGUUAGCGGGUUUCCAUCCUCUGUUCAAAGGAAGAGGUUGAGCUGUGAGGUAAGUGCAUUAUGACAACCCCACUUGUAUAUCCCACUGAUGCUCAGUUUCUAGGAAAUCGUCCCAUGAAACUGGAGGAUAUGCCAGGUGGCCAUCUGAAAACCCUCAAAUGGAGCUCACAAUAGAUAAUAAAACAGAACACCUUUUUCCCUUCAUUACAGUAUGCGUACAUAUGGAAACCAAGCAGGA